AUGAGUUGGGAGUCUAAGCAAGCAAGCUGGAGAGCUAUGUUGGAAGCUGUGAUGUCGGACAAUGAAGACAACGUUGCCGUCGAAAGUGAUGCCAGCAUCGAUGAUGAUUACGUUGAAGAAUCUGAUCAUGAUUCAAUGUCAGAGCAAAAUGCUUCAUCGUCAGAAGAAUCUGAGGCAGAAGAGACUGAAACUCAGGAACGCUUCUUCUUAGCUAAGGAUAAAAUUACUAAGUGGUUCAAAGUAAAGGGACGUACUGCAGUAAGAACCCGUUCUCAAAAUAUAAUGUCUGAAGCCCCAGGUCCAAAAGUUCAAAUGCAAUUUGAAAAAAUUGUGAGAAGAUGCAGUAUUACUAAUAUGAUCCAGAGAGGACAUUUCUUCGAGGAAACGCAUGCCAUAUGA